AGUCAAAAGUUUAUCUAUCUAUCGAUCUAUCUACUUGAUGGGGUUGAUUAUCAGCAGAUGAAUUGGUUGGAUUGGUUGAUUGUUUCAUUGUGAUUGGUAUGAUUGUUAAUAUUGUUCUUGUUAUUCGCUUUUCUUUGAUUGAUGAUUGAUGAUUGAUGAUUGAUGAUUGAUUGAUGUCUACCAUCCAAGACAUCCCAGAAAAGAGUCACCAGUAUCGACCAAAAAAUGCCAGUAAUCCCAUCCAUACAAGCCACCCCGUUCAACACCGACAUCCGGGACCGACACCUCCUCUACGACUAUGACGCGAGGAACGCGAACGGCGAGCCCGAGAAAUGGCGGUACGAGAUGUGGUUCUAUAACGAGGACCGGAUCGUAUAUGCCAUCCAUGGCGGGCCGAUGGCCGGGCGCAAGAACUUCCAGACGGCCACCUAUCAAUGCAUUCGGCCGGGGGAGCUGUGGCAGUGCAAUUGGCUCGAGGAGACGGGCACCAUCUGCUCGUUGGUGUACGAUAUUCCGCGGAAGCGCAUCACGACUUUGCUGGGGUUCUCCAAGGGGCAUUGGGAGGACAAUGAGGCAGCGCACGGCGAUAAGCGCAACCCAGACGAUCUGGCGAGGUGGAGAGGGUUGGCUGGCAUCGGGAGGCAGGUGGAUAGGACGCUUCUGAGCGAGCAGGCGGAUAUCGUCGAGGAUUUUCGGGGUCCCGGGGAUUUGGAGCCGAUUGAUAUGAGUUGGCCAACGUUGUAGGUGGCAGAUAAUGUGGAAGUUGCUAUGUCACACAGAGGGCAAGACAGGCUUCGCGUGCUAGGCAUUGAGGUUUCAAUCCAUGUCGUGCUAGAUUGUACGGUGGCCUAUAUCCACCAUGUCGAGUUCAUCAUAUGAUAUCCCCAGUGUUGUCAUGCAAUACUCGCUUCAGUCUCGUCCUUGUCGGCAGAGACCCUUGUGAGAUGGGUUCAGAGCGUGAGCGUGCGAUCGCUUUGAGACGGGGUGCAAGACGUUGUAACGGCACGAUCAGCCACUUCAUUCCAUGCUGGUUCGCUUGGUUCAGCAUCACGAUGAGUUGGCUUCCGGCAGCAUGGAGCAUUCUCGUGUCCAGUUGCGGCAUCACGGCACAGCUUUCGUGCCCUAAUCGUCUGCUCGCAUUAUCAGGCUAUUCGGCCCAGACUGCUACAG